AUUAUUUGCUUCAAAGAAUGAGUGAAAAAAAGUUUUAAGAAUUAACUGAUAAAAGGCAAAGCCUUGAAAAUGAGUUAAAAAUUUUAGAGAAACAAAUAUUUGAUUUGGAAACCAAAUAUUUAGAAGAAACAGCUGCAACAGGAAAUGUAAUCAAGGGAUGGGAAGGAUAUACAGCAAUAAAAAGUGGGAAAUUAAAUGGGAAUGUUCCAAGAAAAACUAAAGCCAAUGCCAAUGAUCGUAUAUUUUCAUAAAGCAGCAAAACAUCACCUUUUGUAAUAAUUAAUAUUAAGAUUAAGUAUUAAAUUACAGAGACUGUGGCUGAAGAGCCUAAAAGCCCCAAAAGUCCAUAAUUUAGGCCAAGAAGAAUGAAGAAAAAGAAACAUUAUGGAUAUAAAAAAGAGUAUUUGUGAAAGUUAUUAUUAGCGAUGUUGUAGAAAAUUCUUAGGGGAGUUCUUCAGAAGAUUUUUAAUAAGAUUAAAUCAAAAAAGUUAAAGGGUCCAAAAAAAUAUGA